AUGCUCGCCAGUGUCAUUAACACCGUUUUCACGGCUACCCUGACUCUGUCUGCCCUGGGAGCCGCUGCUCCUCAUCGCAGAGACAACGGCUCAACGCCAGGCCUCAGCCUGACAGCUCAAUUGCAACUUGCCGACACUGCGGUCGACAGGUAUCGCCUUCUUCCGAGCGAUGAGGACUUUGUCUUUGACUUCAAGAAGACUCAGUCCUUCUUCGCCAACCGCCAGACCUUCCCUGCCCUGACUGGUCUUGGUGGCAGCAUGGCUAUCGCGGAAGUUCCUGCCUGCAGCAUGAGCUUCCUUCACACUCACCCGCGAGCCAGUGAGCUAUUCGCCGUGGUCUCCGGGCGUAUCCUCACCGAAAUGGUCACUGAAGCCGGCGUGGUUGGAGCCGAUGGCAAACCGCGAGUCAUUCGCGCCGACCUUGGGCCUAGUAAAAUGACUGUUUUCCCUCAGGGCGCCUUCCAUACUCAGGUUAACCCGGAGUGCAGUCCCGCCUCUGUUGCGGUCUCGUUCACCUCUGAGGAAGCAGGCGUGGGUCUCAUCGCGAGCCAAACUCUUGCUGUGAGCGACGAUGUCAUUGAGCGUUCCUUCGGAAACACCAUCGCCGGCGAAGACAUUGAUAAGGUGCGAGAUGCUAUUCCCAAAGGAAUGGCUACCAAGGUGGAUGAGUGCUUGAAGAAGUGCGGCAUUUAG